CAAUAAUCGACCACAUUUGCUUUGCAUUGAUGUGGCGUACAGACCCCUAGCUGUUCGACUUGAUUUGCGUUCGGGCAGUCCGCGUCGGAUUUUCUUUCCAACAUGGGUAUAGAAGAGCAGAAGGAGGAGCGAGAAGUCCUCGAGUCGAUUUUCCCGGACGAGAUCACAGACCUCUCAGAUUCGUCGUACCGGAUAUCCAUCACACUCGAUCUCCCCAGCGAGGGACACGGCGAAGAACCGGACCCGCCAGUCCUGCUGCUCAACGUCACCUACCCAGAAGCCUACCCGGACGUUGGUCCUCAUCUAGACAUUACGGCCCCUCCCAAUGCGCCCAAACAUCCGCAACUCGACGUCGCCGAGGACAAGGCACAACUCCUCGACGCCCUGCAGCCCACGGUAGAGGACUCGCUGGGCAUGGCCAUGGUGUUUACACUGGUCACCACCCUGAAGGAAGCCGCGGAGGUGUUGAUCUCGGACCGGAUACGGCAGGCCGAAGAAGUCAGGGAGAUCGAAAUCCGGCAGAAGGAAGAGGCGGAGAACCGCAAGUUCCACGGCACCCUGGUCAACAGGGAGAGGUUCCUGGAGUGGCGGGACAGGUUUCGCAAGGAGAUGGAGGAGAAGGAGCGCCGGGCGAGGGAGGAGGAGGAGGCCGAGGACAGGAAGAAGAAGGGCGGCAAGGUCGAGGAGAAGAGAUUGACCGGGAAGCAGCUGUGGGAGAGGGGUCUGGCUGGGAAGGGUGACGAGGAGGACAUUGACGGAGAGGACGCUGUUUCCGCCGUGGAGAAGCUCAAGGUGGAUGGCUGAGCCAUCUCUUGCAUUGGAAGGGGAAGGCGAUUGGUGUCUUAUCGUCGCCCUUUGACUUCUCAGGAGUGGGGACAAUUGGAGGAUUAUGAACGAACGCUAUGAUGGUCCCAAGGAUACAAAAGCUGGCGAAUGCUAGCUUCCAUUUCUGUCUGCCCCAAAGGACUGAAAAUACCUUCUACGGAAAGGAUUCAGCUCGUCGGCUGUGCGACCAGCGCUGGCUGUCGAGAUUCCCUCUCGAUUUGCAGACCCGUCAACGUGUACCUCUGAAUCGAGGGUCCAAGGCAUUCUCUCAUACACCAGCAAUCUUCGACUCCACUUGUUGAAUCUCUGGAUACACUCGUGUUUCAGUUGGAGAUGCCGGUGUGUCGGUAUGGUGGUGGCUUCUUCCUCGCCAAGUUCGUUCUCGUUCGCGCUCGGCAUCCAGAACGCAACCCGCCCCCCAUCAACCAGUGUUCUGGCGGCGAAGUCAAGGAUAUCGUCGAGCAUGCGCGCGAAGGAAUAGGGCUUCUUUGGCGGGAUGUAUCCAGGCAGCGUAUGCGCCGGGACGCCGUUGAUCAAAAUUUCUGUCAGCGGGUUGGAACUCUCAGAGCGAUCGGAUCCCUCGCCGUUAACAUCGGCUGCCUCGACACGACUUUGUCUCAACUUCGUUCCAAGCACCUUGAGCCCUUCACGCACGCCAUACGGAGGGUCACAAACAAUCCCAUCCAGCCACCGACCAUCACUCGACUUGAGCGCGGUGGUAGCACAGCGAAACGGUGUGUUUGUCAAGUCAGAAGUCAGACAGUCCCCGAACAAAUGCGUUAAACCAUACUUCUCAAAGUUCGCCCCGACCCCGUGAUCCAGACCGAGACCUUUCCCACGAAAACUGCGGCCAUCGAUGUCUGAUCCUAGAGCGACAGCUCCUAGCUCCGCGGCGGCAACCAUGAAGCCUCCCGUGCCCACAAAGGGGUCCAGGAAAAGCUUGCCGGGGCUUGCCAGGGCCAUGUUUGCCGUCAGAAGCGCCAGCUCUGCGUCCAUCGAGGUUGUCGAUAUGUAUGGCCGCUUCUUGAGAUCAUGCUUCUCCCUUAGCCCACGACAUGAAUCGCCAAUCUUGCGGGCGAGGAACACUCUUCUCAGGCUCGUGCCUGCUAUUUUGUCGACGGCAGCAUCAGGGCGUGACGCGUUUUCCUGGGUUUCGCUCCGUGGAUUCAAAGGCAGCCACUCUUCCAGGACGGCGAACUCCACUUCCGGAUGCUUCAUCUUGAUCUUGCCCUUGAGAUCAAGGUAUCGAAAUGAGUUGAUGAUUUG